CCCCACUCCCUCUUCCUCCUCGCUAACACACACAAACUCUUACUCUUCCCCUACGCCACAGGAGCAGGACCUCGGGAGUUCAGAGGAGAACAGAGACACGCAGCUAGAAGAUGUCGUCGUCAUACAGCGAGUACAAGAAGCUCAAGGCGAAGAUGAGGAAGGUGAAGAAGCUGAAGCGAGACCUGCAGAACCCGGGGCAGGCCACCAAGCGCAAGGUGCAGCCCGACAUCUACAAGAAGGCUAAGCGCACCGCCCAUCAGGCAUCGAACCCAGGACAGACUUUGAAGCACAAGCUGCAACCCGACGCGUACAAGAAGGCCAAGCGCAGGCUCAAGAAGCUGUCCAAGCUCAAGAAGAUGAUGAAGGGCGAGGUGCACUCCAAACCCAAGCCUCGCGGGAUGAUGCCGCCUGAGGGGCACAGCGGGGCUCGCCACGGCGCGGCCCCCGAUGGGGGUUACUCGAGUUCAGACUGCUCCAGCGUAAGCUCGGGAUCCUCGCUGGAGGGCGAGACCCUGUCCGAUCUGUCCGACCUGUCUGAUCUCUCUGAUUGGGACGACGGUUCCGGUUCCAGCUGAACGUAGCGAGUCACUGUUUUUUUAUGGAUGAUGUGCAAUAUAUAUAUAUACAUCCCAAAAUUGUUGUUGGCUGUGCGAUUCGAAGAAGGGUUCUCGUCUCCGCUGAUGAGUUGGGUUGGUAUUUUGCUGAAAUAUAUGGUAUGUAUCUUUUGCCCUUUUUUCUUGAUUCCCUUUUCUGCGUGCUUCCUCUUCUGGUCCUUCCCUAUUGUGUUCCGUGAUGGCCAUCUUGAUGCUGACAAUGCUACACCUCGUUCUUUUUUGAGCGGGCAAAAGAGCGAGGAGGGGGGGUGGGGGUGGGACAGAGUCAGUGAGGGAUGGAGAGAGACGGACAGGCAGACAGAGUGCGAGGGAGAGAAAAAUAUCGGUUGGGAAUUUGACCUUAUUGUGUAAAUGCCCUGUGUGCAUUCCAUCUACACGGCGUGUGGUCUUCCGUGCCUGAGCGCUGCUUGUGUCGCUUGUCGAGAGGGCGCCCCCCCCCCCUGUUGUGCGUACCGUAUAUGACACGAGACCCUCUGGACCGAUUUCAAAGCUCGAUUACUCCACGACGAAGAGGAUGCAUAAACGAAACGAUACAUUUCGAAAAGCUCUCGACGAGACGGUUUCAACGCCGCCGUCUUCGGCGCUGUGACUGUUCCUGCAGUUGAGAAAUCGAGCUUCGAAAAUUGGUCGAGGGGGCGUGUUAUCUUGUGUCAUAUACGGUACUCUUGUGCUCCCGGCAGGGUUUGAGUGUGCCGAGAGCGGAAAGAAGGCAACAAAGAAACAGCUUGCCUUUACAUGGCACCGCGUUGCCUUUGCAUAGCGGCACCACGUUGUUGUUCAUGCUGUCGUGAACAGGUCUCGAACGGGGCAUGUUUUUUUUUUUUUUGGCGUCGGUGGGGGUCCCGUCGAGAAAUCAAUCUUGACUGAAACAAGAUAGCAACAGAAUAAACAGAAACGGGGCACUUACGCAUGUUUAGUGUUUAGUGAAUUUGACAGAGAUGCCGACGACCCCAUCCUCUGCAGCGAAAUGUAAGAUUAGUUAGGCAGAAGGUACGCCGGCGGGCAGGGGUUGUGGUGAUCAUGGCAGUUAAGUCAUCGCGACCAAGCGAGAAAAUAGGAGGGUAGGGGUGCGAAAGCAAGGCAGGGUGUAUCGAGGGCAGGGGGGAUCUAAGGCCCUGUCUUACCUCUGCAAAUUGAGAAUAAUGUGUGUGCUCAGGCUAUCGGAUUUUUGGCCUCCUGGAUCGUGUUCUGUGUUCGUUCGUAUCGCUACGGUGGCCUCGUUGUUUUUUUUGCAAACGAGUGCAAGCCCCAUGUUCAGGAUGAAAAUGCAAACGUGAUGAUAUUUGUCCGGGGUGUCUUUCGUUGGAAAAACAAUGGUGAUUGUACUACGGUAACUUCUUCGCGAAGGGAUGCUGAAUCACAUGCUUUCAUUGUGUUCAACACAUUGCGAGGUUUGUCCGUCCACGCACCUCCCAAAAUUAAAUAAAAAGCAGCGCGA